AUGUACACAGCAUCCUUUGCCUUUUUCGAGGCGAUCUGGGAUGCAGGUAUAACGCAUUGUUUCGUCAACCUGGGAACAGAUCAUCCUAGUAUCAUUGAGGCUAUGGUUAAGGGGCAGCGAGAAAAGAAGGGAAAGUUUCCCAAGAUUAUUACGUGUCCGAACGAGAUGGUGGCCAUGUCUAUGGCUGAUGGAUAUGCCAGAUUAACAGGCAAGCCUCAGUGUGUUAUUGUACACGUUGAUGUCGGUACCCAAGGUCUCGGCGCAGCUGUCCACAACGCUUCUACAGGUCGAGCCCCAGUGCUGGUAUUCGCUGGUCUAUCACCAUUCACACAAGAAGGCGAACACCGCGGAAGCCGCACAGAGUACAUCCACUGGAUUCAAGAUGUACCAGACCAGAAACAAAUCGUUUCCCAAUAUUGCCGAUACACCGGAGAAAUCAAGACAGGAGCCAACGUCAAGCAAAUGGUCAACCGAGCACUCCAAUUCGCCACAUCAGACCCCCAAGGCCCCGUGUAUCUAUGCAGCGCACGAGAGAUUCUUGAGGCUGAUCUUAAGCCUUACUCACUUAAGCAAGAACACUGGGAACCAGUUGAGCUGGGUGGACUUCCCACAAGUGCCGUGGAUAAAAUCGCAAAUGCGCUGGCCGGCGCAAAGGCCCCUCUGCUGGUGACGGGAUACAGUGGACGAAACCACAAGGUUCCCGCUGCGCUUGUGGAAUUGGCUGACAAGGUCAAGGGAUUGAGGGUUCUGGAUACAGGUGGUUGCGAUAUGUGCUUCCCUGCAGACCACCCUGCUUGGGUCGGUCUUGCGUUUGGCGUUCACGAAGCUGUCACCACAGCAGACACAAUUAUUGUCCUGGACUGUGACGUCCCCUGGGUUCAAACCCGCUGCAAACCCAGAGAGGAUGCCAAGAUCUUCCACAUCGAUGUUGAUCCCCUGAAGCAGCAGAUGCCUACUCACUACAUCCAGGCCGACGCGCGCUACAAGGCUGAUGCGUUGGCAUCAGUAGAGCAAAUCACACGAGCUCUUGACAAGAAGGAAUUCUCUAGCAAGCUUCAGUCCAAUGAAGCUAAAGCAGCAGAAAAGGAGCGUGCGGAGAUCCACGAGACCAAGUUGGCUACUAUCGCCAAGGGUGCCGAGCCUCUUGCAGACGGCAGCUUCGGUACAGGACAUCUCAGCAAGAAGCUCAAGGAUCUUUGCCCUGAGGAUACUAUCUGGGCUAUUGAGGCUGUCACCAACACUGGAUUCGUGCACGAUAAUGUGCAGCCUACGAUUCCUGGAUCAUGGAUCAACUGUGGUGGCGGUGGUCUCGGUUGGUCUGGUGGUGGUGCCCUGGGUAUCAAGCUGGCGACAGAUGCUGAGAACGGCGGUACAAACAAGGGUAAAUUCGUGGUGCAGAUUGUGGGAGAUGGAACAUAUCUCUUUACCGUGCCCGGAAGCGUGUACUGGAUUUCAAGACGGUACAAGAUUCCCGUGCUGACUAUUGUGCUCAACAACAAGGGUUGGAACGCUCCUCGUAGGUCUCUAUUGCUGGUUCACCCUGAUGGUCUUGGAUCAAAGGCUACAAAUGAAGAGAUCAACAUUUCUUUUGAUCCUGUACCGGAUUAUGCAGGCAUUGCCAAGGCUGCUGCAGGUGGAGAUAUUCACGCUGCAAGGGUUGACAAGGCGUCGGAUCUGGAGAGCGUGCUGAAGGAGGCCAUCGCCAAGGUUCAGGCUGGCCAAACGGCAGUUGUAGACUGCAAGGUUGCGCCAGACUGUUAG